AUGGUGAAAGCGAGAAACGGCAUUUUUAGCGCAGAUCCGAAUAUAGCAUACGAUGUGCUUUAUGAAAACCAAAGAGGUUUAUUUAUGUUUGGCCAACCCUUUUUCAGUUCACAAGGCCUUCUACAAGUCGAUCCUCCAGCAUGGGUGGACGCUGAUUUCCGCUACUCUCCAUUCGAUAUCCUAUCGACUCCUCUUCCGGACCCGUCAUGGGAAUGGGUAUGGCGGACAUGGUACAUAGACAUGACCUACGAUGUCGACGACCAAGGCUGGUCUUACUCGUUUACCUUUCCUUCGAGAUCGUGGCACGGAUCACAUGUGUGGUUUCACGGUUUUGUGCGCCGGAGACGGUGGAUCAGGAAGAGAAGAAGAGUCAAAGAUGAUGGUAGCGAGGAAGAGUAUCCGACCGCACUGGGAAUCAGAGAUCACAACAAAGCGAGAAAAGCGUAUUCCAUCGUUGAGGGCACGACGUUGAAUUACUUUUCGGUAGAGUCUUCAGCAGAAGAUGACGGGGGCUCGACUGAACGAACGUUUACUAUCGGCGCGUUGAUGCGCAGACUCAAAAAAGUGCGCUUGGACCGAGAGAAAAUUGAUGCGGUGGAGAGAUUUGUGUGUCUGGGAAAGGAUGAUAUUGUUUUACUGGCGCCUUUUAUGGAUCGGAUAGUAUCAUACCUGAUCUUUCAACAGUCGCGGCGUGAG